CGUCGCGUGCAGAUCGCAAAUCACCAGCAAAAGAGAUACUUCCCAUACAAUAUCUACAAGAAAGCUGAAGAUCGAAUUCGCAAGAGCGUUAAACCGAAAACUGGUAGCGGUAGUACCAAUAUUUGUUUGUGGGGAGUGAAAAGAAAUGGGGAAGUGAAGUGGUGAUCGACAGAAAAGCGAAGAUGUGAAUAGCUAUAGAUGUGAAUAUUUCAUAGACAUCGGAACUCCGUCAAAGAAAAAGCAGCAAAAACCAAAAAUCAAACAAUAGAUUGUUAUUGUGGCUGCUGAAAACGAGAAUGAAUCAAUAAACCUAUAAAAACUAACCGUAAACUUGAAAAGUGGCACAGCAUCUGCAAAAAAAAGAAGAAGUAAAUCAUCAAAACAGAAAGACUUUUCAAUUUGAAUAUGGUUAGUCAUUGGAAAGGGUGUCUUCUGGGCUUGCUGUUAGCCCUCUGUGCCUGCCAGCUAAUUGCUCCACAGCAGCUGCAGGGUCCUCCUCGUCCCAGGGGGCGUAUACGCAUUGCGGAUAUGCAGAAUCCCGCCUCAGUAGGCGGGGCACCUGCUCAGGGCUUGGGAAACUGGCCAAAUGUGCCGGCUGAUGGUCCCAUCAGUUCCACUGUGCACACCCACAUUCCACUGUGGCGCGAGGAGAGCUCUCCCCUGCCGGCCACGCCCAGUCAGGAGGCGGUGGUGUACGGCAAUUGGAAGCCAGAGCACCCGGCGAGGCCCGAGGAGGUGGACACGAAAAUCGAGUCGGAUCCGCAGCCCAGGGAGCGGGUCUACGGACGCUUGGAAGCCAUGCUCAUGGGAUUACCGGCAGAUGCAAUUGAUGCCAAGCCAUCCAGUUCCAGCGAAGAGCAAGUAGCUCCUAUUGCGCCUGGAGGCUAUCAGAAUCCUGUCUAUUCCCGUCCAGUCAGCCGAGAGAGCUCGGCAGAGAAAUAUGGGCGCCGACGCAUCAGUACUCAGCAGGCGCCACAACAAUUCGCGGUGUCCAGGGUUAACGAUUCGGAACCCAUAUUGAAGGCAACUUCCAAGCAGAUCAACGAGUCCGUAGAGACGACAACGGACAAUCGAAGAAAUUCUAAGAAUUCCGCGGACGACAAUUGGUUGCCCCUGCCGUAUCCGUAUCCUUACGAUACCACAAUGCCAGCGCCUCCUGCAACGAGCUCCAUGGUUCCUGGAUUUAUGCAAUCUUCAGUGGUACACCCACCGGCCCCCACACAGGCCACUCGAUCCACUGCGGGUCUACUGAAUUGGCCCACUGAUUUCAUCGACAGCACCUCCCUAACGGCGAGCACCGAAAGAAUAGAUGGCAACUUUCAGGGGAGCAUUGACCGGCGCGAUGAGAGCGUCUCUGAUCCUGCGGACGAGUACAAGUACUACGAGGACUCUCUGAACUCCGCCCAGAUGCACAGCGAACUGAGCGUUCCAGAGACCGCGCCGCUGAAUAUUACCCGGGUGGGCAUCCCGUACGAGGAUCGAAAUGCCUCCGAGGAGCCGACCAUAUGUGUGCCUCUCACCGUCUCGGAAACUUCGCUCUCCUCCGACAGCGUUGUGCCCCAGGUCGUGGAGGUCGAAAGGGUCUACUGCUUUCCACUUCCCAAGGUGGAGAUACGUCCUGGUCAUGCUCGGCCGCAGGUGGAACAAGUGUCGAGGGAUCAGGAGAUACCAGACGCAGAUAUGGAUAUGCACCCAACGGAACCGGCUAUACCGAGUGAUUCCGGCACCGGAUCCGGCUCCUCGCGAAGAUCACUUGGCACGCUUGCAGUGCUCCUCGUCAUAGGUUGGAGCUUCCGGCCAGAAAUUAAUAUUUAGAUUUAGUAUCACUUAACAUUAACACAACUCAGGGGCUAUUCGCUAACUACACUUACUUAAAAAUUAAACCUAAGCCAACACAUGAAAUUCACGUAAGGUGUUAUUUUAUUUUGUUUUGGGUGGAAAAUAGAUGAGUCAACUUGGUUAGCUCUACUGUCAAAGAUAAUGUGUUUCAUAUACUUCAAUGAAUAUAGAAUAAUCUUUAUUCUUUGAGUAAAAGGUAAGCGUAAAUUUAAUCUGCAAUAAAAUUUGCGAUUAGUAGGUUCAUAGGACUUCAAGUAAGUCUUAAUCAAAAAAUGAUAACUUAUUAUCAUAUGCUUAUAACUUAUCUGUAUGGAUUUACUGAUUAACAUUUUCAUUCACAGAAAAAUACUAUUAGUUAUAAAACGCGUUACACUUAAGUGUUGGAGCUUGAUAAGAAACUCGUUGCGCGAUUACUUUCGUAAAGUUUUUCCAUUGGCAUUGCUUGGCAGUUUCUCAGUAAUCUGGACCCCAGAGUGAAGUUGUUUUUCCUUUACGGGCAAGGGCUUCGCCACAUGGUCCACAAUCUCCUGGUCACUGCGGGGUGCGUGGUGCGAGGUGCAGGUGGUGGGGUGCGGGGUGCGGUAAUACAAAAAAAAAAAAAAAACAAUACUUAACUUUAUACCUACAAAAUCAACAGUUUUAGCCCAACAUCUUUUUAACCGAUGAUAAUUAUUGUUUAGAAAAACGUAUGAAUUACAUUUGAACCACACUUAUUUAGCAGUAAAUUAAAUCUAAUCGAGUGUACAUCACGCUUACUACGAAUAUUUUCAUAUCUAACCAGUCAAGCGUCAGCAAUAAAAAUUAAAGCAAUAAAAAACCCUACGUGACCGUAUCUAUUUAUACGAUUGGAUCAUAUCUGACGAUGCUUAAUUUUGAGAGCCACUAGCAAACAAGUGAUAUAAUUUAACAGCUUAAGAUUAUAAAGAUAAUACAAUAAAAUCCAAAUACAUAUAUUCCAGAUUAAUUUUUAAUCUUAGCAGAAGCUUCACAAAACUUAACAAUUAUUUAUGAUUACUUUUAUUUACGACAGCCACAUUCUCACCCAUGUGGAAUUUUUCUAAACGAGAAAGAAACCUCAAAUUGAAAAGAUGACAGCUGGGUUCUGAGCAAUGGUGUGUCCUGGCAAAAGGAAAAUGGAUCUGCGUUUGCUGUUAAUAAAUUAAUAAGCAAUAUUUUCCCACCUUUGGUUGCAAUUUUCUCGAUUUCUGGGCACCAUUUCUCGCUCGAUUUCCCUGAGUCUGGAUUCAAGUCGGUAAUAGCGCUUUCGAGACUAAAUACUGGAGUCUCAGUUUCCGGAUCUCUCUCGGUUUCUAAUUCAGUUUCGGAACCACUCAAGAGACAUAAGUCGAAAGUUAUCCAUACGAACUACGGAAUUAAAAAAAACUAUUUCGAGAAAGAGUUUCCUUAGUUUCAUGCUAUAGUAAAAACAACCAUUUCUACUAAAUGUUCAGAAAUUAUUUAUUUAGUGUAAUCAAUUUUUUAUAAUUUGUAAUGAAAAGUGCAAAAACGAUUAUGGCGUUUAAAACCUUCAGGACAGUCUUUUUCUUUUGAGGAUGCCAUGCCCACACAAACCAUCAAAAAAAUUAGCUUCAAAAACGAGCCUCGGGUGAUAAGCAUUGUAAAGUUCGAUUUGGUAGUGUUAAAAGAAA